AGUAAAGAAAGAAUACGUUGGACGGCGGCCAGCACCAGGUGAUAUAUGUCAUUGUCCCAGGUGUGGGUGAUGGGACACUGCCCAGUGGCCCGGAAGUAAUUGGCUGGGCAGUGGCGCACCCGCAGCGUGAGCUCCCGACAAUUGACCGGCGCUGCUCUGUCCCAGGUUGUUCUCCCGAUUGUCGUCCAACCACCGGCUCCUUAUCGGUCGCUAAUCGGAUGAAAAGCAGGGAAAAUAGCUUCUUAACCUCUCUGAAAUAACAUGUAGCGCCAGCCGCCACACGGACCGUUUCCACAGCAGCGCGUCUUUAGGAUCCAACUCGUGAAGCCGACAGAAUCGAUCUCAGAAGAUACAAAGAAAACAAAAUCUUUUAAACUUUCAUGUUAAAUUCCCCUGAAAGUUGAGCUGGGAGUUUUCCAUAUCUCAGACUGCAGUUUCCCAAAAGAUUGUGGGCUGAACCAUUCAUCCCCCGCCACUCCUGCUGCGAACCUGCUUUGCGAGAAAACAACCAGGAAGAAACAAAACACAAGUCCUUUAAACGCCGCUUUUCUUUCUGGAUUAGAAAUGGACGCAAACAUGUUAAGGGUCCCGCACAACAAACACUAGUUUUUUAACACGUCCCAAGGAAUUUUGGGCAUGAACUCCUCUCUCAAGAUAAAUAAUUGCAGAUCAGAACCAUACAUAUCUCAUGCAGAGGAAAACACCAUUAUGAAUCCAGAUGCAGAACAGGACACAACAACAAAUCUUGCCCUGGAACGUGCUGAAAUAGUAUCAAAGUAUGACAAGGGCCGGGAAGGAGCAAAGAUUGAUCCAUGGGAAGAUGCAGACUUCCAUAUUUAUAAAAUCACUGAUCGAUUUGGCUUUCUACAUGAGAAGGAGCUACCAAUGCCUGAUGCUUUAGAAGAAAGACUAAAACAAAUUGAGAUCGAAAGAACGGGAAAAUGGUUAAAAAUGUUGAAAAGCUGGGACAAGUAUAAGAACAGUGAAAAGGUGGUAAGGAGAAUUUAUAAGGGAAUCCCACUGCAACUGAGAGGGCAGGUCUGGUCAUUACUUCUGGAAAUACAAAAAAUAAAACAGGAGAAAAAUGACUUGUAUGAUAAACUUAAGAACAGAGCACGGGCAACAUCUCCUGAUAUCAGGCAGAUUGACCUCGAUGUGAACCGUACUUACAGGGACCAUAUCAUGUUCAGGGAAAGAUAUGGAGUCAAGCAGCAAGCUUUGUUCCAUGUUUUAGCAGCUUAUUCCAUGUACAACACGGAAGUAGGUUAUUGCCAGGGAAUGAGUCAGAUCACUGCACUGCUUCUUAUGUAUCUGAAUGAGGAGGAUGCCUUCUGGGCACUUGUUCGACUGCUGUCUGGUCCAAAACAUAGCAUGCAUGGUUUCUUUGUGCCUGGCUUCCCAAAACUUAUGCGGUUUCAAGAACAUCAUGACCGGAUUUUGAAGAAGUUUAUGCCAAAACUUAAACAACAUUUGGAUGCACAGGAUGUCUUUACAUCUUUGUAUACAAUGAAAUGGUUCUUUCAGUGUUUUCUGGACAGAACUCCCUUCACUCUAACACUGAGGCUAUGGGAUAUCUACAUGUUAGAAGGAGACCGGAUUCUUACAGCAAUGUCAUAUACAAUUCUUAAACUGCACAAAAAACAUAUGAUGAAAUUAGCAAUGGAAGAUUUGAUAGAGUUUCUGCAGGAAUCUCUGGCCAAGGAUUUCUUCUUUGAAGAUGACUUUGUUAUAGACCAGCUUCAGAAUUCAAUGUCUGAGCUAAAACGUAGUAAACUAGACUUGCCUCCACCAGGUAAACCUGACGAAUUUCCACAAAAAUCACUUGGCCAACUGCCUGCUGAGUGCCAUGAGCCACUGGUUCUCAAUCACAUGACCAAUGGACAGAAUAACGUAAUUAAAGGAGGACCAACAGCUUCAAGGAGAAAAGAUAAAAAGGCAUCACCAGAGAAACACCAGGAGAAACAGCCUGAUAUCAGGCCCAAGAAAAGCUCUUUGGAAAAGCCAACUGUGAAAUCCCAAAAGACAGGGUUUGUGGAAAAUCAAGGAGGCAAGGUGAAAGUCUUGCCAGAUCUUGAUGUGCUAAAGCAGCAUGGGCUGCCAUCACAGCGUGUACCAACACAUGGCAAUCCCAAACAGCUUUACAAUGCCACAGCCAACCAGAACUCAAAUGCAAAUUCAAAUGUCAGAAAGGAGUUUGCACCAAAGUGGAACAAACCUUCAGGUCAGAAAAUCUCAGAAGCUAUUUCCAAACAUUCUGCAGAUGGCAGCAGGGGCAGAACUGGAAGUUACAAUACACCAAGUUCCCAUUCUAGUCCAGAGGAGAUGGAUGUGUUUUUAGACAGGACAAAGGGACUGAUUAUUGAAGUUGAUGAGACAAAGAGAGACUCAAAUGCUUCGGAAUAUGACAAUGUUCCUGGAGUUAAUCAUGAAUAUGAGAUAUGUGCUGAGGAAAUGAUAGAAAAUAGGGAAUUGAAUAUAGCACAAAAUAACUCAUUCUCUAAAGCAGCUACAUUGAAAAAUACAAGUCUUUCAAAGAUGUCAUCUGCACAGUUUCCAAACAAGGCAGUCAGUGCCAGUGCAGGUUCUCAAGCACGGCCUGCACGGACUCAUUCUGCAUCAGUAAAUUCUAACCAAAGGUCUACAGUAAAGCGACAGCCCUCUUCUCCACCUUCCUACAAUGGUCCUCCUGAGUAUCAUGGUAACCUCCCUCAGUACUCACCAACCAGACCUAAAGGCAUGCCUGCAUCGUCACAGUACAGUUACAAUAUGUCUGGAGGCCGGCCUAGUCAUGACAAUCAGCCAUAUGUUACAAAGGUAGCACAUAUGCCAAACUAUGAAGAGGCCAGUAUGAACUCCCGCACCAUUGGUCGUCAGUUUUCUAACUCUUCACAGCCUUUCAGAACUGCAAUACCCACUUUAGAUCGCAGUGGACAAUAUGAUUCAAUAAACACAACAAAUUACGUAAGGCAUGCAGUUCUGUAUGAAGGUGCACAGCAGCAUUCACCAGAAUAUCAACACGAUUACAAAAAAUGGCAAGAGCAAUAUGAACGGCAGUGGAGCCAGGAAACUGAUACGAGGUCCAGAGGAAAUAUGCAGAGAUCACCAAGUUUCCGGAAUGCACAACAGACUCCCAUCCCUGACUUUAGCUACCCAGGUGUGCCUGUAACUGGCAGUAAUAUCUAUAAAAUUACAUCACCAUAUUCUGAUGCAUAUGUACAAACACAAUAUCCACAUUCAAGUCCGUAUGGUCCCCAGCAUUAUGGAAAUCCUCAGACUGAUAGAAGAACCAUCCCAGAAUCAGUAUUGCUUUAAGAUGUCUGCCUUCUUUUUAAAAAGUGAUGUGAAGAACAUUCGUGAAAUUUUAAAAUGUCCACUGUAUUAAAAACAAAUUUUUAAAAUGACCACUGUAUUAUAAAAAGGUCACUUAUAAUCUUGUCUAAAGCAUUUGGGAAAAGGUCUAAAAAUAUAUGCAUGGUAUUUUGUUACUAAAAGUUACAAAAUCAGGAAACCAAUUGAAAUUGAAAACCAGCCCAAUUUUUAGAAUUGUCAUGCUUGUGUUUAUAUUUUAGUAUUGGGAGCAAUGAGAUUUGAACACGGUCCUGUACCAAAUUGAAGCAAACGCCUCAGUAAUUUUCCACAAAUUUCCUGAAAAUGUUUUUGAACAGUUGGUCGAUAUUCUGCCUUCUCUCAUUAUGUAGGUUGAUUCUGGUUGUUGCUGUGUAGCCAUGAUGUGACAAUUUUAAAGGUUGAUUUUAUAACAUCUUUGGCAGAUUUUGGUCUCAAAUCUCAGAGUAUUAUAAUUUUUCCCAGGUCACUAUUCUGAUAAUCUUAUUCAGUAACUUUAAGAAGCAAAAGAGGUAAUUGGACUGUAUUUCCCUUUGAACCAAAUUGACCAGACUGAUAGAAUACUAGCAUCAAACCUAACUGCAUACUUUCUUCCUAAACUUACUCAUGUAAAUUGAAGAAGGCAGAUAGAUCAGUGCUAUCACACUUGAGUUACAUUAGUGGGAAUAAAAUAUUAAAAUGAGUUUAUUGAAGUACAACAAAAGGAAAAGUAGCAAAUAUUGUUUAAUAUUAGUACACAUUUGUUCUUCCUUCACAAUUAACAAUACCAAGGUGGAUCAUGGUAGAUAAUUUGCAGAAAAAAAUAGGUUAAUCUUUUUACCUUUUACUCUGUCAAUUACACCAGUUUGCAGCUGAAGAUAUUCAUAGGAAUUAUUGAUCCUUCAGUUUUUUUCAACACAUUAAAUGGUAGAAACAGUGCUGGAAUUGCAGACUCCUUGAUUAUGAAUAACACAUUAUGUUGGUUAAAAGUCACGGUGUUUGAACUGGGGUAAGGUGGGGGUUGGACCAGUUUGCUUUGUGGUUUUGUCUUGAGAUUUUGGCCUUUGUUUUAAUAAUAUGGCUAAGUAGCUAAUAUAUCCCAGAAUAAAAAUGCUAUUUUGACUUUUUUAUGGUUUCAAGUAGAAAUGAACAGAAACAAAUGCUUCAAUGUACACUUUUGAUUGUGGCUGGAGUCAUUUAGAUUUUAAAACAUGUCAGCAGAGUAGAAAACACUGGCAAAAACAUUUAAAAUAACUUAAAACACUGAUUCAAACAUAUUACAACUGGCAUUGAUUACAUGUAAGUGGAACAACACUAUUGUCUGUAUAUGUGUGUAAUAUAUUUUAUAUAUAUAUAUAUAUACUUCAAAUGUGCAAACUAAAUUAUCAAUAUAUUAGAUACAUUCUGACUUGAAUAAAUUGCAAGUUAAUUUCUAACUCUUUGCUUGAAGGAAUUGCAGAAAAAUUAAUAUUGUUAAAAUAUGUAAUUAUUUACCAUAGUUCUUAAAGUCUUAAUUCUGAGUCUUUAAUAUGGACACUUGCUGUAUUGUAUAAAUGAUAGGGAACCUGCUAGCUGAAAUAUAUGCAUCAACAAUGGUAAAUACAGUAGGAUUUAUAUAUUUACACUAUUUUCUUAAGUCAUCUUCAUUACUUUUAUAGCUGUAGUCUAUUUUGAUGCAACUGUACUUUUUUAAUGUACAAAAAAUGAUUUGCUCAUGUUUGCUUUCCUGUGUUUUACUAUUCUUUCUGUAAUAUCUAUUUCUUUUGACGGCUAGCCAACUCAAUAAAGAGCACUAAGUUUGCCCAGGGCUACCAGCCCUGUUCCCAUUGACAGUACCUCUUUCCUCUUUUAGAUCCCAUUGCAUGUGGCACCAUGAUGCCUGAACACUGGAUGCAUCAAUGGUAUUCCCAGCUAAUGGGGCUACUUCUGGCUGCCAACAUUGCUGCUGACGUUGCUCCUGGCAAACAUAUACUGGUGAAGGCAUGCAGAGGGGCUGAUCAAUCUGGAGGAGGCUAUGCAUGAAAAAGAUAGGCAAUUUCUUACUUGGAAUGAGUGGACAAGAUUACAGAGGCUGAGUACAAGUAUGAGUCCAUUCAUCUAAGUGAGGAAAACAAUCUGCAUUAAAAGUCCAAAUGUACCAUUCAGUGAAAGCUACAGCACGGGUACAAAACUGAUUAAGAAUAAUGGUACGGGCAGCAUGGUAGCGUAAUAUUUAACAUUUCACAACCACCAAUCGGUUUGAUUUCUGCUGCUGUCUGUAAAACGUUCUUCCCAUAACUGCAUGGGUUGUUUUCCAGGUGCUCUAGUUUUCUCCCACAUUCCAAAGAUGUAUGUUAGGUUGAGGUUGGUAAGUUGUGGUGUCACUUGCAGGCUGCCCCCAGCAAAAUCCUUGCUGGUUUGAUUUGACACAAAUGACGCAUUUCACUGGAUGUUUUGAUGUACAUGUGACAAAUAAAGCUAAUCUCUGUA